UCCAAGGAUGCGCCUACGCACAAUCGCAGUGUUGUUGGUCCUUGCGUGCGUCUCCAACCAGGUUCAAAGGACAGAAUGUCGCAGACACAAGGACAAAAGGAGCCGAGGAGACGAGCCACAAGAAAACUUUCGCGUCCCUUCAUCGGACAGGAACAACAACGGCGCCAAGUCCGCCGGCGGAAAGGGAAUGUUUCAGGGCAAGUUCACUACCAAGGACAAGUCGCAGUGCACUUGGGCGGCGACAGGUGACUACGACGCCGUCCUGACUGUCUCUUGCAAGAAAGGAGAGAAAUCUUUCGAGUGUGCCUAUAUUGCCAGACCUACCACUUGUCCCCAGUACACAUCCAAUGCCAAACUGUACUGGAAACAAGUCGCCAGGUCACUUAAAAAGCAGAAGAAGUUGUGUUAUGACCAGACGUCGCUUGUCAAAGCGGGUAUGUGCAGGAAAGCGCCGCAGGACGCACAUUUUAAACUGAGCCAGCUACCCAAAGAGGUAGCUAAACAGAUACCCCCUUCUUCAAGGGAUAAUGAACUGUGCCCAGAUCAAAUAGACAAGAGGGCUUUUGUCGAAGAGUACUGCUCUCGUUCGUGGAGUUCGUUGUGCGCCUUUCUUUUUAGCAUGGUUCAAAAUGAGGAUUGCUGAGUUUAUGGAAAAUGCGCAGUGAACUGUUUCCUCAAACAGCACUACAUUGCUGUGCUACUUUAAGGGAUUAUGACAAGCAAACAGG